GCGUAUCGACCCCCCUUUCCUCUCUCUUCUCUCCAAAUUCAGCAAGCAACAAAACGAAAUUCAUUGCCAAAUCUACUCUCACUUUUAUCCUUCACUGUCCCCUCUUCUCUUUCUUUUCUUUUGUUUUUUUCCGGGCUAAGGAAAAAUAAGAAUAUUGAUUCCUUUUUUGUCAAUGGAGGGAAAAAUAGAAAUAGUAUUCGUUUUAUGAAAAGAAACGUGAUUAUGUUGGAGUUUCCUUCCUCCAUUCAUUUCCGGGAGUAUUACAGCUAUUGGCUUGUUUUUUUUUGUCUGAUGGAGACAUCGGUGUUCUUUUUCUCUGAUUUAGCCCAAAAGAAUCCAGAGCACAUUUAAUGACCGUGGCAAUAAUUGUUUAGUAACAGAUCUGUUUCUUCGCGGGAAUUCUUUUUCUCUCCGUUAUCAACAAUAAAGUGCGAGAACGAGAGAUUUUUCAGUUUUUUGUCUCUUUAUUAGUUCGAUGAGAACCACAGCUCUUCGAAAAUGAACGUGAAGAUGAUGAUGAAUAUAGAGAUAAUGCUGAGUUUACUGCUUUCUCUUGCUUUCGCUCCAUGGUGCAUUUACUCGCAGGAGCAACUCCUGGUUGGUAUGACUCUGGUUCGAAACGCCAUCGCGUACGGCGCCGUUUGUCUGGAUGGAAGUUUGCCUGCGUAUCAUCUGCACAGAGGAUUCGGCGCUGGAGAAAACAACUGGAUUUUACAGUUUGAGGGUGGUGGGUGGUGUAAUGAUAUACCAUCAUGCCUGGAGAGAGCAAAUACGCGCCGUGGAUCGACUCGUUACAUGAACAAGUUCGAAGUCUUCUCUGGCAUCUUAAGCGACAACGACUCCCUCAAUCCAGAUUUUUACAACUGGAACCGUGUGAAGCUGAGAUAUUGUGAUGGAGCCUCAUUUUCAGGAGAUAGCAAGUUUGACAACGGGACGUCAUUGCUUUAUUUCAGAGGGCAGAAAAUUUGGGAAGCGAUUAUCCGUGACCUUUUACCUAAAGGGUUGGCAAGUGCACGCAAGGCAUUGCUUUCAGGUUGCUCUGCCGGGGGUCUAGCAACCUUUCUGCACUGUGACAACUUCACAAAGAUUUUACCAAGCAAUGCCAGUGUGAAAUGUUUAAGUGAUGCUGGAUUUUUUCUGGAUGAACAAGACAUAAGUUUGAAUUACACUAUGAGGUCCUUCUAUCAUGAUCUAGUUGCUCUACAGGGGAUAGAGGAAAAUCUAAAUCCAAAUUGCACAAUGUCGAUCAACAACCAAAAGCUGUGUUUCUUUCCCCAGUAUGCUUUGAAAUAUAUCACAACGCCGUAUUUUAUCUUGAACUCAGCUUAUGAUGUAUUCCAGUUUCAUCAUAGUCUGGUUCCACCUUCUGCUGAUUUGCAUGGACGUUGGAAUCGUUGCAAGCUUAAUCCAGCAGCAUGCAAUGCAAGUCAGAUCAAUGUAUUGCAAGGUUUGAGGCAGGAUAUGCUUACAGCUCUUUACUCAUUCUACAAAAAUUCAAGUAGAGGGGGGAUGUUUAUAAAUUCAUGCUUUGCUCAUUGCCAAAGUGAGUCACAGGACACAUGGUUUGCUGUUGAUUCUCCAAGAAUACACAAUAAGACUAUUGCAGAAGCAGUUGGUGAUUGGUACUUUAGCAGAAGAGUAACAAAAGAGAUUGAUUGCCCGUAUCCUUGUGAUACCACUUGCCACAACCUGAUACCGUCACCUCAGGGUUUAAGAUAGAUGAUUCUUUUGUAAUGACAAAUUCUUCUUGUUCGCCAACGCGUUGAAGCUGGUCCGCAGGUAACCUUUUAACAAGAGAGGGGAUGCUGAAAGGAAGUAUAGAUAGUCAUAGGUUAAAUAUAUUUUAAAACGCCAGUACACCAGAAUCAAUUAUAGAUGAUUUUUCCCAAUUCAUCAAAAGAAUCAAUAAGAAGUCCAAUUGAUUUACAUUCAUUUUUUAACAAAUUUAUAGAGAAAAUAUUAGCCUUUUGAUCAGGAUGCUGAGAAGAAAUAGCAGGAUAGCAGACCGUUGAAAGAUCCGAGUUUUUUCGAAAAGUUUUGAACAGAGGUCGUAAUUUGUAAAUCAAAAUACUGUAGUCACAAUAAAUAUUCUUUUUUUUUUUUUUGCAUUAUACUUUGUCUAAAACUAAAUAGAUACCCGUGCGUUACAGCAGGACAAAUUUUAUUUA